CGCGGCCGCUUUGCCUUCCCUUACAGCGAGGAGCUCCGCUCUCUCCUCUAUUUAUUUCGAAACCGUUAUUGCUUAACCGCAGCCCCGGGAGUGCCUUUCCAUGAUGCCCGCGGAGGCGGCGAGCAGCGGCGGCGUUUCGGAGCCGCCCGGAACCCCGCGGGAGCGGCGGAGGAGACGCGGCCGGGCGCGGGCGAGGACCGAAGCUUUGCUUCACACCCUCAAACGGAGCCGUCGGGUGAAAGCCAACGAUCGGGAGCGGAACCGCAUGCAUCACCUCAACGCCGCGCUGGAUGAACUCCGCAGCGUCUUGCCGACCUUCCCCGACGACACCAAACUCACCAAAAUCGAAACCCUGCGCUUCGCUUACAAUUACAUCUGGGCCCUCUCCGAGACCCUCCGUUUGGCCGAGCAGUGCCUCCCUCCUCCUCCCGCCUUUCGCGGGCCCCCCGCGCCCCCCAGCCCCGGCAGCGACGCCGGUUCGUGGCUGUCCAGCGGUUCCCCGGCCGCCCCUUCUCUCUGCGCCUCCGCCUCCGGUCCCAGCAGCCCGGCCACCUCCGAGGACUGCGGCUACGUCCCCUCGGACGCCCUACGAGCCUUCCGCGGGCUGCCCCCCGCCGCCCCGGGCGCUCCCUGCCGCUAG